AGUCUAGAGGCAUCGCUGAAAUCGUGCUCGAGAUUGUUACUACAUUUUUUGGAGGUUUCAUAAAUUUUAAAGAAAAAACCGACCAUUGCUUCGGUGUAUAGAUGACGAGCAACGUUGAUCACCAAUUGCCGGGGUAUCCUUGCUGGAGUAGCUGUAGAUUUGUUUGCAAUACGUAAUUUGAAGAGCUGAAAUGAUAAUCAAAGAGUCAAAUCAGUCGCCCCGUUCAUGAAUUGUAACAAGAACAAUCUAUCUCACCUGAAUCAUAUGGAUGUAAUGGAUCAAAGGGGAAAGGAAUAGAUCUUAAAGUAAUCAAUUUUGUCUUCCUGGUCGGCAGAUCAAUACUUGGAUGUUUAUUCUCGAUGUUUAGGGAAGCUGAUCAAAUCUUUGAGAGUACUGGUAAAAAUGAAGAUAUUAUAGAUUACAUGGAAAAUGAAUCCGCUGGAAAACAUUCAACGAUAUUGACUCCCCAUCAGGGAGCCUCGACCCCUGAUACCAAAGUAACCUCAGAUCCAAAAAACACUCAAAUUCGAAUCGUCAAAGGAACAAAGAAGAUGAGGAUUGAUUCAGGCGACUCUGGUCACACGGGUGAAAGAAAAGACUCAAAGGAUGACGAGAGUAUUGAGGCUAAAGUUGUAAGAUCUCUCAAAAGAUCUUGUGAAUUAUGGUCGAUGGAAGACAAAAAUACAUUUUUCAAGGCCAUUAACGAAUAUGGCAAGGACUUUGAUGCUCUUCAGAAUUAUUUUUCGAAUCAGGGGAAAAAGAAAGGUGUCUCUGAGAAUAUGAUAAAAAAUAAGGAACAGAUUCGUCACUUUUACUACCGCACUUGGCACAAAAUUUCUAAACAUCUCAAAUUCUCUGAAGACGUCAAGAAAGCUUCGCAAGAAUUGUACGGCCUCAUUAACUAUGGUGAGUUGAGGAGGAAGCUGCCAAGGAUCCAUGAAAAAGUUCACCUCAAAUUGAACGAGCUCGUCUAUUGGGGUUCGACACAAGUGAGGCUGAGAGGAAAAACGAUGAGAAUUAAAACCCCAAUCUGUAGGACUUUGAGAAAAUUAAAUCAACUAGAAGAUUGGCAGGAGGAAAUCAAGUUACCAUCCCGAGUGAACAUCGAGUUGAGGCCUGGAAAUAAUUUGGCUUGGUGGCAAGUUCAAGCUGCGGCAAUGAACCCAAGAGUGAGGGCAUUGGUUCCCAUUCAAAGACGUCUUUCAACCUUGUUGACAUUCUUGCAACAACGUUGGCGACCUUCUAAGUACAGAACCUGCACAUUUAUCAAUGGCCAAGUAGGCGUGGACCUUAGUGAUACGUCUCGAUUGUUGCGGGUCUCACCACUGGAUGGUACAAAGAUCUCUCUCCCUACCGUCAAUCUUGGAGAAUAUCUGACCAGCGAUAGCGUCAGCUUGAACGCAUACGAGAAGCGGUUGGGCUUGAAGGGUUCAAAACUUGAGUUACUGGGAGCAUUUCAUUAUCUGAAAGGUGUUGGCAGAAAAGGAAUAAAGAGAAAUAGAUCGGACAGAAGAGCAUCAAGCCGUGCGGAAGACCCCAUUAUACCCCUGGACAACAACAGCGAUGGUGACGCCACCGAUUCCACUCUCAUGGAUAAAACUCUUCUCGGCCAUGAUCAAACGAUCUCGGACUCGCCCUUGGAACCUAAUAGAUUUCCCGGUAGGGAAAAUGUGCCCAGAAUACGCUUAGGAUGGAAUAACGAAGAAGCCAAUACCAUUACAGUUGGAGAUCUUUAUCUUAUGUUCGGCCGUGACUCAAAAAUAGUUCUGGAGUAUUGGUGGGACCUACCGAACAGAGAGAGUCAUCUUCGAGGCAUGGAAAAGCCAAAGUCCAUCGGUGCCUUUUACGACGACACAUUGUCUUUGGCGCUCCAGAAAUUGUUGUCCAUAGCAAAGCACAGCUACGGUGCGAAUAAAGGAUAUGAGAAUAAUUCAGGAAGCAACGAAACUGUCGUUUCUUCUCGUAUUCUGUCGACCAAGGAUUCAACGUUCCGUCGCCCGCUGAUUCCGCAGCCUUUCCACAAAAUCGGCCCUUCGGACUCCUUCAAAUCUCAGCUAGAUAAGUUCAAAUACCGUUAUGGAAAAAGGGCAAGGACGGUACGCCAAAAGAAUCUGGUUCAGCGUGUUCUGCCGAUGCAAAUAUCGAAAACGGUCGAGGUUGGUGAAAAUUUUACCCAAGAAGAGUCAGGCGAAAGAUCGGUCUUGAAUACGAUCAUCGACGACGAAAAAAAUCCAGUUGUCGAAGCUGCCAGCGAUUCCAAGAGGGAACAUUUUCUAGGCGUAUUGUCAGAUGACGUCGAAGCUAAGCCCUGCAAUUCGAUUAUUACAAGUGCUACGCAAAUCCUCAAGGAAGGAGAACAGCAGUGGCUCAACAGCGAGGUGGCUGAUUUUUCACUAAGCAGUUUCCUGGGACAGCUCGAAUCACCCGUUAAGAUUUCCCAACAAACCAAUGCCGAAGAUCACGCCAAGGAAGACAGUCGCCCCGCGUCCGACGUCGUGUCGCAAAUGCAGGGCUUGAUGGGAGAAAACAGCGUUGAUUAUCUCGCCAAGUUUGCCGACCUAGCAUCGCAAAUAGCGUGUGAUGAGCACAAAAAAUGAACAGAUUUCGCACUUAUACUUUGUUACCUGCAAACCCUCGAUCUACAUCAUGCCGAGGUACGUUUUCUUUUGACUACAUGAUAUCCGAGUGUAAAUAUCACAUGGACACGUAAAAUAUUUGAUCUGACAAUCAAAUCGUAGCCAUAUUCUUCCAAACGCUCCAUCGGUAUGGGCUCUUGAGCGAAUUCUGGGAUCAAUGAUUAACUGAAAACCGAAGAGUGAAAAAUGAAUCAUGAGGAAAAGUUCAUAUAUCGGAUAUCCAAGCAAGGAUUCUCUGAGACGUUAUUGUCAUAAUUUAUCGAAGAAACACAGGUAUCAUGCCUUUCAUACGUGAGGGUAUGUAUCGAAACAAAUGCCCUUGUCAAACGACUUUUGCAAGACACUCGAUUUUUACGAUUAUACCUGCGUAUUAUAUCUGGAGGUAGAUACGUACUUUGUUGACACGCGAUAUGUAUAAUUCGCAAUGUCAAACCGGUUCUACUAAAUAUAGAUGUGGCAAAAACAA